AUGUUUGGUGGAGGCAACAUACAAGUACGUCAACCGGAAGCUGAUGUUGCUGUCGAGAAAGCUAUACCACAACGGUUGUCAAGGAUACGUGCUGUGUGUAAAUCAAAGAUAGGGAAACAAUACCUAUCGAAAUAUAAAACGCAUACAAAAACAUUUUUCUAUUCGAGAAAACUUCGAUUUGCAUGCUGUAAAGCACCCAAAACCGGGUCGACAUUAUGGGGUGCUAUCUUCACAGCUUUAGAAUCUCCCUUGGAUGUGGACGCCAUCUUCCAGCUUAGCAGGAUAGAACUUCAUUAUGGUACAUAUGAAUAUGGCGCUGCCUUGAUUGCAGGGCGGAUGAGAAAACAAGGCGCACCACCUCUUCUUACUUCCAUGGUAGCGAGAAAUCCUUACACCCGAUUAUUCUCAACAUAUAUCGAUAAGGUGUACCUUCUGGGAGCGAUUAAUCGGAUGUUUGGCUUGAAAUUGAAAACGGGAUUUGCAAGGAUUGACCAUCAUCACUGUGGGUACGAGGUUUCCUUUGUAGAAUUUCUCAGCCGACUGGCAGAGUUAGGAACCAAACAUGGCCAGUUUGAUGACCACUGGUCACCUGUUUAUCGCAUGUGUGAUCCAUGUUCUUUCCAAUACAAUGUAGUAUUAAAGCAGGAGACAUUGACACGAGACGCUGACUUCACUCUAAAUAAAAUUCAGAUGGAAACAGACAGAAAAGAAAGUAUAAAGAAAAUCCUUCAUUCUGACGGAUUGUAUGCAAACACGAUAUUUUCUCUGAUAUCGUCUUUACUAGCGGAAUAUCGCUUAUACUCCAGCGAUUGUCCUGAUCGAUUUAUAUUUCUCAAGAAAGUCUGGAAAUCAUUGCAAAUGCAAGGACACGUUCAUGAGUCAUCAGAAUUUCCUUUCGGAGCUUUUAAAAAUAUAACCGAUUUGAAGGAUCCAGAAAUGGUUACUUCCGUCAUUAUGCAGAAUUUAGAUAAUAAUCCGGUGACUGAAGAGCAGCGAGUUUUACAGAGACGAAAAGUGCUUGUGAACGAAUAUAGAACUGUGUCACCUGAUGUUCUUAAUGACAUUAAAGAUAUUUACAAAUUAGAUUUUUUAAUGUUUGGAUACAGUGAAAAUCCGCCUUCUUAA